UCGCAGAUUUCUUCACCCUCAUUGGUUAACAACAACGGGGUCCGUGUGAACCGGGAAGAGGAGGGGGCUGUGGUCAAAGAGAGAGAGAGGAGGGAGGAGAGAGAGCCGCAGCAGCAGCAGCAGCAGCAGCAGCCCCGCUUUCAGCCUGCUGCAUGGGGCUAGUCGGUUAGCUUAGCACCGCCUCUCCUGAACACCGGGUUUGUUACCUCCGUGUUUGCAGUUCCGGCUUCAAGAUGAUGAAGUUUCGGUUCCGUCGGCAGGGUACCGACCCGCAGAGAGAGAAGAUUAAACAGGAGCUGUUCGCCUUCAACAAGACUGUGGAGCAUGGGUUUCCUCACCAGCCCAGUGCUUUGGCCUUUGACCCCAAACUGGAACUUAUGGCCAUCGGGACAAAGUCAGGAGCCAUCAAAGUUUACGGCUCCCCUGGCGUUGAGUUCACGGGACUCCACAGUGAUACCACAGCUGUCACACAGAUCCACUUCCUGCCCGGACAGGGCCGCCUGCUGUCGCUGCUGGACGACAACACGAUCCACCUGUGGGAGCUGGUGGGCGGCGCCCCCAGAGAAGUGGGCGGGGUUAAGAAAGAAGGAGUGAUCAUUCUCCAGGAAGUAGACAGCUACAGCCUCCCAGGAAGACCAGGCAUCGAGAGCUGCAGUGCCACCCGGGUGACUGUCCUCCUCUUGCUGAGGUCAUGUGACCUGCUGUGCAUCGGCACAGAGGGAGGGGGCGUCUACUUCCUGGAGUUGCCCUGCCUGUCACUGAAGGACAACCUCACGCUGCCACAGGACCAGGUCACCCAGAGCCUGCCAGAUGAUUACAGAUGUGGAAAGUCCUUGGGGCCGGUGGAGUCUCUUCAGGAACAUCCCCAACAGCCAGGGAAGAUUUUGAUUGGCUACAGCCGCGGCCUGGUGGUCCUCUGGGAUCUGAGCACCCGGCACACCGAGCAGCUCUUCCUGGGCAAACAGCAGCUGGAGAGUCUGGUGUGGGAACGCUCUGGAAACCUAUUUGUCAGUUCCCAUAACGAUGGCGGCUACUCCGUGUGGCCUGUUACUAACGGCAACACCUGCCAUCAGCAGCCAGUGUCCUCCACCGUCCCAUAUGGUCCAUUUCCCUGUAAGGCCAUCAACAAGAUCCUGUGGAGAACGACACAGACGGGCUCUCCAGUGUUGUUGUACAGCGGAGGGAUGCCCAGAGCGAGCUAUGGAGACCGCCACUGUCUCACCAUCCAACGAGACAAAGAGCACGUCACUCUGGACUUCACAUCGCGGGUCAUCGACUUCUUCACUGUCCAUAACGUAGAGCAAGAGAAAGAGUUUGAUGAUCCGUCAGCAGUGGUGGUGUUGCUGGAGGAGGAGCUGGUUGUGAUUGACCUCCUGACCCCCGGCUGGCCCUCCCUGCCGACCCCCUACCUGGCUCCUCUCCACUCCUCCGCCAUCACCUGCUCCUUCCACGUCUCCAGCGUCUCGCCCAAACUCUGGGAGAGGCUGGUCAACGCCGGCAGAGCUCAGCAGGGCCGGCAACAAGCGCAUGGGAGUUGGCCCAUUUGUGGAGGGAAGAACCUGGCUCCUCCACCCAAACAGCAAGAGCUGCUAUUGACAGGGCACGAGGACGGCACUGUGCGUUUCUGGGAUGCGUCAGGUGUUGCUCUGACUCCGCUUUAUAAACUCAGCACUGCCAACGUCUUCCACACCGACUGCGACCCAUGUGACGAACCUCAUGACCCCAGCGACGACCCCGACAUGCAGCAGGAGGAGGAAUGGCCUCCUUUUAGGAAGGUGGGCUGUUUUGACCCGUACAGCGAUGACCCCAGACUCGGCAUCCAGAAGAUCAGUCUGUGCAAAUACAGCAACAAGCUGCUGGUGGCUGGAACUGCUGGACAGGUGAUUGUUCUGGGUCUGAGUGACGAGCGCUCGGAGCACACGGUGGACGUGUCGGUGGUGGAUCUGCUGCAGGACCGCGAGGGUUUCACCUGGAAGGGCCACGACCGGCUGGAGCCCCGUCUCAAACCCCCCCCCUUCCCCCCGGGCUUCCAGCCUCAGGUGCUGGUGCAGUGCAUGCCCCCCGCCUCCGUCACCGCCGUGGCUCUGCACGCCGAGUGGAACCUCAUCUCCUUCGGGACCAGCCACGGAUUCGGCCUGUUCGACUACCACAGGAGAAACGCUGUGCUGGCCAGAUGUACGCUGCACCCUAACGACUCCUUGGCGAUGGAGGGCCCUCUUUCCAGAGUCAAGUCUUUGAAAAAAUCGCUACGACAGAGCUUCAGACGCAUCCGCAAGAGCAGGGUGUCGGGGAAGAAACGCCCCAUCGCCACGCCCACCAGCAAGGUCCAGGAGGCCAACGCGGCGCUGGCAGAGCAGGAGGACGUGGCUCCGAUCCAGCGGAGGAUCGAGCCGCGCUCAGCAGACGACUCGUUAUCAGGAGUGGUCCGAUGUCUCUGCUUUGCGGACACAUUUCUCCGUGACGGGACGCACCACGGCGCCACCCUGUGGGCGGGCACUAACUCGGGCAGCGUGUACGCCUACGCUCUGGAGGUGCCGGGCGUGGGCUCGGGGCGAGUGUGUGAGCGCGGCGGGGCGGGCGAGAGCAGUGUGUGUGUGGAGGCGGUGCUGGGGAAGGAGAUCCAGCUGAUGCACAGAGCGCCCGUGGUGUCCAUCUCCGUGCUGGACGGCCGGGGGAAGCCGCUGCCCGACCCGUACGAAGCGUCUCAGGAUCUCUCCAUCGCGCCCGACAUGACCAACGCCCACUCUGUGCUCAUCGCCUCCGAGGAGCAGCUCAAGGUGUUCUCCCUCCCUAAGGUGAGCGCUAAGACCAAGUUCAAGCUGACGGCUCAUGAGGGCUGCCGGGUGAGGAAGGUGGCGCUGGUGGUGUUCGGCUCCACGGCUCAGGAGGACUACAGCGAGCACACUCUGGUGUGUCUGACCAACCUGGGAGACAUGCACCUGUUCACCAUCCCCGGCCUGCGACCUCAGGUGCGCCACGACUGCAUCCGUAAAGAAGACAUCAGCGGCAUUGCAUCCUGUGUCUUCACCAAGAACGGACAGGGGUUUUACCUGGUCUCCCCCUCAGAGUACGAGAGGUUCUCCCUGUCGGCUAAAGUCGUCACAGAAGCACUCUGCUCUGUUCAGCUGGACCGACCGCUGGAGCACACACCUGCCAGCGACGGCAGCACGACGCAGGCCAACGGGACUCACAAGAACCAGAUGGGUCAGGCUGAGGGACAAACAGAAGAGCCUCCGAUCGCCCUGUCCUCCCCCCUGAUGGACCCCCCCCUGUCCUCCCCCCUGAUGGACACCCCUCUGGACUCCCCCCUCAGCUGUGCCGACCUCACCCUCGACUCCACCGGAGAAAUCACCGUGGAGGACGUCAGGGACUUCCUCACCACUGUGGACGAGGCAGAGAACAACCUGAAGAACAUCAAGGAGGAAGAGGGACGCUCCACCGGCAUCCUCAUCAACUGAACAGUAUUACAGGGAGGGGCUCAGGUGGAUCUGGAUGGACCGGAUUUCAGUGCUGGACCACAAACAUUUCCCAUCAUCCCUCUGUGGAGCCCAUCUGUGUCCUGUUAGCCUGGCACGAACUGGGAGGAAAGCCUUCAGACGGACAAAGAGCACAGCAUCAGAAGACUUUCAUCUUCUCUUAUAACCACUCUGGAAACAUGACAUGGAGCUAGAGACAGCCUCACCUGGCAGGGAGAGACUGGAUGGAUUAGUGAAGGACUAUCUGGAUAUCAAGCACUGAAAACUUUCCGUCGUCCAUCUUGUCUCCAUCCGUUAUGGGACGAAAUGACUGCAGCCUUCAGGAAACAGCUGUUACAUCCUGCAUUGGAGACUUAACGGUGACAUUUCCAUGUUUUCACGCAUUUCCUACCCAGAGUUCCUUGGUGUGCUGGGAUCAGUCUGAUGUUUCCCCAACAGUCUGAACUGGAAUUGGUGCUCAAAUGAUUCCUCGCGCUAACGCAUGACCCGUGUUUAUGAAAUGAGGGAAUCCAGCAAGAAGGGAGCUGUGUAGAUUUAAAGAGAGUAAGACUAGCAAAUGAAGUAUUUUGAAUAUUUGAAGGCUGAUUAAUGUGUAUUCUCCGCCUCUUAUGUGCCAUAAAAUGAGCCGAUAUGUUAUCAAACACAAGCACAUCACCACAAAGUGUUGAUAAUGUAGAAAAGAAAGGACUAGGAGGAUGAAGGCGUUUUGUAAUACAAAGACGGAUGCAUAUGUUUUGUAUGGCUUUUGGAGAAAGAUAUUUUAAUGACUAACAGAAAGGGAGUAGAAAAAGAUUUCAAAGGGAAAGCGGUACUAGGUUUGAAGUAUAAGAGCAGAUUUAGGUGAAAUAAUAUUUUUGAAAUACCUUUAUUGCUAAAACGCAUGGCCUGGGUUGCAAACGCAUUCUUAAACCUUCAGUAUAAUUCCAUUAAAUUCGUUUUUAUCAGGCAAAAAUGUGGACAGAAGAGCUCAGAGAUCAAUGUGAUUGAUGUUGUUGUUGUUGUUGUUUGGUAAAAUCAUGAUUAAAGAACAGAACAGCAGUAAUUGGAAGAUAAAGAAUGUGUUAAAUGCAGAUCCUCCAUCAUCUGAAAUCUUUUUGACGGGACUCAGGGAAGUGGCGAGGGAAGCGAAGUCAGGCUGAAUGCUAAGUGUAACGUACUGUGUACUACCAUGCACCCAGGAGAGGUCUUUCAAGGGUUUCUGUGAAUCGGUGCAUUCUGGGUAAUAUUGGCUUAGAUGCAGAGCUUUGAUCACCAGUGUUUUUAACCCUUUUAAAAAACGUUUUACUGUGUAAAAAGAAAAAUCCAUACAGUAUCUAUACCCAGGUUUACAGAAGAGAGCCGAUGAUAGACAGUGUGUAGUCGUAGCCUAAAAACCGCUCAGUAUUCCAGCUUUUUGAUCACAUCACGUCAGUAAAAAGUAAAAAAAGGGACCUCACUACUAACUCAUGUAGCUCAUCAGGUAGGAAUCAUGUUAACGCUCUUUUUAAACGUUUGUGUUAGCUUGUUUUUGUGCUCUGGUUGACACACACACACUUAACCUCUCGAUGCUACAGCUGGCACGAUUCACAUUAAGAUGAAUUUCUUUCUACUUCGUCAAUAAGUUGUGUGUAGGAUUUUAAUUGGGUCAUUUAGCGUUUUGGCUGAUGAAUUGUGAAUGUUAAUAAAAUUAUUUACUCUACAGAAA